AUUAAUCCCAUUUCGACCCUUUAUUAUUCCCUGCUUUUAAGGGCCUCAAUUCUGUGUUUUUGUUCAAGAUUUAGGGUUUUUCUUCAGGUGUUGGUGGUUGGAGUUUGGUAGCUGGAGUGGGUGUGUUAAAGGGGAAAAAAGGAUAUAGAUAAAGGGGAAGUUUUGGAUGACGAAAGAGGAGAUGAUAGAGUGCAGUGUCUGUCACUCCAAAUUGGUGAAACCGACCACGAAAACUGUCUCAAGGGCUUAUGAUCAAUACAGGAGUAAAACCCCGAAGAAAAAUCGCGCACUCAACGUUCUCUUGGUUGUUGGUGACUGUAUGUUAGUUGGUUUACAGCCAAUAUUGGUGUAUAUGUCGAAGGUGGACGGGAAGUUCAGUUUUAGCCCCCUUAGUGUUAACCUUUUGACCGAAGUUGCAAAGGUUGUUUUUGCAUUGGUUAUGCUUCUAAUUCAGGCGAGAAAUCAGAAGCCCGGGGAGAAGUCACUUCUUUCGCUCUCUACUUUUGUACAGGCAGCCCGUAACAAUGUGCUUCUUGCUGUUCCGGCACUUCUCUAUGCUAUCAAUAACUACCUGAAGUUCAUCAUGCAGCUCUAUUUUAAUCCAGCAACUGUAAAGAUGCUGAGCAAUCUAAAGGUUCUGGUUAUUGCAGUUUUGCUAAAGAUAAUAAUGAAACGUCGAUUUUCCAUUAUUCAGUGGGAGGCCCUUACCUUGUUGCUUAUAGGAAUCAGUCUAAAUCAAAUAAGUUCAUUACCUGAGGGCCCCGCUGCAAUGGGUCUUCCAGUUGCAAUGGGAGCAUAUAUUUACACAUUCAUAUUUGUGACGGUUCCAUCUUUAGCAUCGGUCUUUAACGAGUAUGCACUCAAGAGCCAAUAUGACACAAGCAUCUACCUUCAGAACUUGUUUUUAUACGGGUAUGGUGCUAUAUUCAAUUUUCUUGGAAUUCUUGGAACCGUGGUUAUCCAAGGCCCUGAAAGCUUUGAUAUUUUUCAAGGACAUUCAAAAGCUACCAUGCUUUUAAUUAUAAACAAUGCGGGGCAGGGAAUUUUAUCCUCAUUUUUCUUCAAAUACGCAGAUACAAUCUUGAAAAAGUAUUCAUCUACAGUUGCGACAAUUUUCACGGGCUUUGCGUCUGCCGCUUUGUUCGGUCAUACGUUGACGAUAAAUUUUAUGUUAGGAAUUUCUAUUGUUUUCAUUUCAAUGCAUCAGUUCUUUUCACCUCUUUCGGACGUUAAAGAAGAAGAAAAUGGAGUAUUGGAGCUUGAAUCUGUUAAAAAAACUGAUAGGUUAGAAGAUUCGAGUUUCAUAGAUAUGACAGCAGGUGCUAACGAGGAGGCUCGGCAUCAUGUAGAUUCUGAUGAAAGGCGGCCACUUCUUCCUACCUGAGCCGCAAGUGGUUGCUUCUUAGAAGUAUCAUAGUGGAGGAACAUUGGCAGUGGAAAAUUACUUGAAUAAAAGUUAGGAAUUAUUUUUCUCAUGUACGCGGUUUAUGGGCAUUACCGCAUUUUGUUACAAGAUCAUUGUUGAUAUCAUUGAAGAAUUAUAUACUGGGGUUACAAAGGCAAAAGAGGUGUUUAGAUAGAGAAGAAGAAGAGGGAAAAAUUGGGAGUGUUUGUUCCCUUAUACCAUCUACACUACAUUUUGUAUACUUACAUUGAAUUGAAAUACAACAAUUUUGGAUGUUAUUUUUGUGAUUUCAUCA